AUGCGAGUUCUGAGCUUUAUGGAUGCCUAUUCGGGGUACAACCAAAUCCGAAUGCAUCCCGCAGACGAGGACAAAACCGCCUUCAUAGCCGAUCAAGCCAAUUUCUAUUACAGGGUCAUGUCGUUCGGUCUAAAGAACGCGGGGGCGACCUACCAACGAUUGAUGGACAAGGUCCUUGUGAAUCAGCUAGGUCGGAACGUGGAAGCUUAUGUGGACGACAUGGUGGUGAAGUCAGAAAGCGUCAAUCGGCAUUUCGACGACUUGCAAGAGUUGUUUGACACGAUCGGCAAGUACCAGCUCAAAUUGAAUCCCGAUAAGUGCUCUUUCGGGGUCCAGGCAGGAAAGUUCCUUGGUUUCUUACUGGCUCACCGAGGCAUUGAAGCAAACCUUGACAAGUGCUCGGCGAUCAUCAACAUGAGGAGUCCUUCUACGGUGAAGGAAGUGCAGCAGCUUACAGGAAGAAUGGCUUCUUUGUCUCGUUUUCUGUCCAAAUCAGCCGACAAGGCGUUACUGCUUUUCCAAUGUCUAAGGAGAAUGAUCGUUAGCGCGGUUUUAGUCCAAGAGCAGGAAGGCACUCAAGUUCCUGUGUAUUUCGUGAGUCGGGUCCUACAGGGGGCAGAAGCAAGGCAAAUAUUACAGAAGCCCGACCUGGCAGGAAGGAUGAUGAAGUGGUCUAUAGAGCUAUCAGAGUAUUCCAUCAAGUAUGAGCCGAGAGGAGCAAUCAAAGCUCAAGCACUAGCCGAUUUCGUGAUGGAGUUGACCUCUCCCGCUGAAGAGGGCGAGGUCGGAGAGACGCAGUGGAUCCUAUCAGUGGAUGGAGCCUCGAACCUCGGAGGAAGUGGAGUAGGGAUCGUCUUGGAAGGACCGGGAGGAAUUUUGUUGGAACAAUCACUACGUUUUGAAUUCCGAGCAAGCAACAACCAGGCCGAGUACGAAGCGUUGUUAGCUGGCAUGGCAUUGGCAAAGGAAAUGGGGGCGACGAGUUUGUCGGCCCGAAGUGACUCUCAACUGAUCACGGGACAAGUCGCGGGAACUUUCCAAGCGAAGGAUCCUCAGUUGGCCAAGUACUUGGAAAAAGUUAAGCUCUUAUCGGAAAACUUCCGAGAGUUCACACUUAACCAUGUACCGCGGGAGCAGAAUUCGAGAGCAGAUCUCCUCUCCAAGUUAGCAAGCAAAAAGAAGCCAGGAGCCACUAGGUCGGUCAUCCAAGAAACCUUAGCUCAGCCGAGUAUAAAUGAGCAACAGGAGAGUGUCCUUUUCAUCCAAGAAGAGCUCGAUUGA